AUGGUAGAGCAAAUAACUUUAUAUUCUGAUCAAAUCGGAGAACUAGUUGAUAGAACUUUGAAAAUAUACAACUCGAAAUUGAAAGCACAACCCAAUUCAAGAGUAUUAAUUUGUCUAGCUGGGGUCCCGGGUUCAGGAAAAUCUACCUUGUCUUCUUAUGUUGUUAAUGAACUUAACAAGCAUGUAUCUGCUGUCGUGCUUCCCCAAGACGGGUUUCAUCUUUAUAGACAUGAAUUGAAGGAACUUCCUAAUUCUGAAGAAGCUAUAUUUAAAAGAGGAGCACCAUUCACUUUUAAUUCAUUAGCUUUUUUGGAGUUAGUGAAAAAAUUGGACGAUCCGGCUUAUCUUGAUAAAACGAUAGCAGCUCCCUCUUUCAGUCAUGAACUUAAAGAUCCCUCUGAAGGCAAAAUCAUUAUUACGGGGGAUACAAAUAUUAUAGUAAUCGAAGGUAAUUACGUUUUACUCAAUGACGAAAAUUGGAAUGAAAUCUCGAUUCACGCAGAUGACAGUUGGUUCAUGGAUACACCGUUAAGUGUUGUUAGAGAUAGAAUCAUUAAACGACAUGUACAGUCGGGAAUUGUUGUAAAUGAGCAAGAGGCUAUUAAGAGAGUGGACGAAAGCGACCUUUUGAAUGCAAAAUAUAUUCUUGCAAAUUCUAAACCUGCUAAGGUUAUAAUUAAGUAUAGAACAGAAUAA